UCCGGGCCGGAAGCAGGAGGCUGCAGGGGCGGGCCGGCUGGCGUCCCCUUUCCGGCUGGUCCCCAUGGAGGCGCUAGGGAAGCUCAAGCAGUUCGAUGCCUACCCCAAGACUCUGGAGGACUUCCGGGUCAAGACCUGCGGGGGCGCCACGGUGACCAUUGUCAGUGGCCUUCUCAUGCUGCUACUGUUUCUGUCCGAGCUUCAGUAUUACCUCACCACUGAGGUGCAUCCUGAACUCUACGUGGACAAGUCACGGGGAGACAAACUGAAGAUCAACAUCGACGUAUUUUUUCCGCACAUGCCUUGUGCCUAUCUGAGCAUUGAUGCCAUGGAUGUGGCUGGGGAGCAGCAGCUGGAUGUGGAACACAACCUGUUCAAGCAACGGCUGGAUAAGGAUGGCAUCCCCGUGAGCUCAGAGGCAGAGCGUCAUGAGCUUGGGAAAGUCGAGGUAAAGGUGUUUGACCCUGACUCCCUGGACCCUGAUCGCUGUGAGAGCUGCUAUGGUGCCGAGACUGAAGACAUCAAGUGCUGUAACACCUGUGAGGAUGUUCGGGAGGCUUAUCGCCGUCGGGGCUGGGCCUUCAAGAACCCAGACACUAUCGAGCAGUGCCGGCGAGAAGGCUUCAGCCAGAAGAUGCAGGAGCAGAAGAAUGAAGGCUGCCAGGUGUAUGGCUUCUUAGAGGUCAACAAGGUGGCUGGAAACUUCCACUUUGCUCCUGGGAAAAGCUUCCAGCAGUCCCAUGUGCACGUCCAUGACUUGCAGAGCUUUGGCCUGGACAAUAUCAACAUGACCCACUACAUCCGGCACCUGUCAUUUGGGGAAGACUACCCAGGCAUUGUGAACCCCCUAGACCGCACCAACGUCACCGCACCCCAAGCCUCCAUGAUGUUCCAGUACUUUGUGAAGGUGGUACCUACAGUGUACAUGAAGGUAGACGGGGAGGUGCUGAGGACAAAUCAGUUCUCUGUGACCAGACACGAGAAGGUUGCCAAUGGGCUGAUGGGUGACCAGGGACUUCCCGGAGUCUUUGUGCUCUAUGAGCUCUCGCCCAUGAUGGUGAAGCUGACGGAGAAGCACAGGUCCUUCACCCACUUCCUGACUGGUGUGUGCGCUAUCAUUGGGGGCAUGUUCACAGUGGCUGGACUCAUCGAUUCACUCAUCUACCACUCGGCUCGAGCCAUCCAGAAGAAAAUUGAUCUCGGGAAAACAACGUAGCUGUCUCCUUCCCCUCCGUUGUUCCCUUUCUCUUUGGCCUUGUGGUCAUUUCCCAGCCUUCUCCCCACCCCUCCGACCCCCUCAGAGCGUCGGUCUCAGCACAGGUUGAUAAAUCUAUUGAUUGUGAUAGUA